UUCUUCAAUAAGCUAAUGAGAUCUUCAUUCUAUAAUGAGGUAACUAUAAAUUGUAUAAAGUUUUUUAAACUUUUUUUCUCAAGAAUGACAACUUCGACAAAUGGCAACGGAAAUUUGAUUGAUGAAUUCGAAGAAGCAUUCCAACAAUGUUUAAAUUUAUUUACUAAGGAUGACGGAUUAGAAAAUAACAGUAUAGGUUUGACUGUUGACAAGGAUGAAACUAAAAUAGAAGUUGAUCAAAUAACUUUCAGAUGUAUAGAUUUAGCACGUCAAGUUGAGGCCUUUUUCUUACAAAAAAGAUUUCUUUUAUCAGCUCUAAAACCUGAACUUGUAGUAAAGGAAGACAUUACAGAUUUAAAAGUUGAGUUACUACGUAAAGAAGAACUUAUUAAAAGGCAUUAUGAAAAAAUAUUAAUUUGGCAAAAUUUGCUUGCUGAAAUGCAUGGUUGGGUUCAGCCAAAUGAUUUAUACUUAGGUUUUACCCAUUCUACUCAAAGUAUUCAAAAUCAAGGAAUAAAUAAUUCAAAUAAUUCAACAGUUCAACAACAAAUAUUGCAACAUCAACACAUUCAGCAACAGCAACAACAAAUGCACUUACAACAACAUCAAAUUCAGCAAUUACAUCAGCAACAGGCACAGCAAACAUCAGGCUCGUCUUCCAUAAACCUACAAGGUACAGGAGUUUCUGUAGGUGCUCAAAGUAUAUUUUUAAAUCAAGGAAACGUUUCUACUAGUAGAUCCUCGACAUUUCCCGUUGCAAGUGUUAAUAGUAGUUCGUUACAAGGGCCACUAGCUUUCCUUGAGAAAACCACAAGCAAUAUAGGAAUGCCUGAAAGAAGAAGUUGACGCGGACGGGGGAGGGGGCGCGGUAGAGGACGUGGUAGAGGUCGAGGAAGAGGAAGAGGAGGCACAUUACCACCUCCACCACCUUUACUAGAUCCAUCAGACCCCUCAUCUUAUGCUGCUGCUGUUGUAGCUGCUGUAGCGCCCCUUCCCUCUCAACAACAACAACCACCUCCGCCAUGUACUUAAUGAAAAGGAUCAUAAUAUUUUUACGAAUAAAAUAAAACUAAAAAAAAA